UGAGGAUUUAAACCAAGACGCUGAACCUAGAAACUGCAGCUCGUCACUCUCAUUACGUCUCUCCGUCGGUUUGUUGAAGCAACGCACAUUUCGAAAUGGCUCUUCGAGUAACCAGAAACCGCUUGGCUUCUACCAGGACUGACCUCGGUGGAAAGGCCUGCUCGGUGACCGGACCUUCACUAAAGCCUCGAGCAGCGCUUGGUGAAAUCGGAAACAUCGCAAUUAACAAAGAUCCGCAGAAAAAGACUGUGAAGACAGAGGCCACAAAGAAGCCCAAAGUCACCGCCACCAAAGUUGAAAAAGCAGUCGUUGAGAAGCCAAAACCAAAUGUUGUUCCUGUUAAACCUGAGCCCGAGGUGCAGGUUCUUCCUGAACCAGCAUCCCCCACUCCAAUGGAGACUUCAGGCUGUGAGCCUGCUGACCUCUGUCAAGCAUUUUCAGAUGUCAUUCUUCACAAUGCUAUCAGAGAUGUGGAUGCAGAUGACUACGAGAACCCCAUGCUCUGCAGUGAAUAUGUCAAAGACAUCUACAAGUACCUCCGACAGCUUGAGGUUGAGCAGAAUGUCAAACCCACUUAUCUGCAGGGGCAGGAGGUGACUGGUAACAUGAGGGCCAUUCUCGUUGACUGGCUUGUACAAGUGAACCUGAAGUUCCGUUUGCUCCAGGAAACAAUGUACAUGACCGUGGGAAUUAUUGACCGCUUUCUUCAGGACCACCCAGUCCCCAAGAAGCAGCUGCAGCUCGUCGGUGUGACUGCCAUGUUCCUUGCUUCCAAAUAUGAAGAGAUGUAUCCCCCUGAGAUCUCGGACUUUGCCUAUGUGACAGACAGGGCCUACACCACCGCCCAGAUCAGAGACAUGGAGAUGACGAUCCUCCGGGUGCUCAAGUUCCAACUAGGCCGCCCUCUUCCCCUGCAGUUCCUCAGAAGGGCCUCAAAGAUUUACGAGGUGACUGCUGAGCAACACACCUUGGCAAAAUACCUCCUGGAGCUCACCAUGGUUGACUAUGAGAUGGUUCACUUCCCACCUUCCAUGGUGGCAAGUGCUGCUCUGGCUCUUACCCUCAAGAUCUUAGAUGCUGGUGAAUGGGAUGUGACACUGCAGCACUACAUGGACUACACAGCAGAGAGUUUGAUUCCUGUGAUGGCACACAUUGCCAAGAAUGUUAUGAAAGUGAACGAGGGGCUGACCAAACACACGGCCAUUAAAGGCAAGUACUCUACUUCAAAGCAGCUGAGGAUUGCCUCUAUCCCACAGCUCAAGUCUUCAGUGGUGAAGGAUCUUGCAAAGCAAGUCACCCAGUGAGGACUAAAUGUUAUAGCACCAUGUGCUGAUUUGUACAGUUGUAACUUAAAACUUUUAACGUGACUGAAGGAUCAGCACGCAAGGACCAUGUUGGUGGUUUGCAUGUUUAACCAACUGAAAUUUUAUACACUUACUGACCAUUUCCAAAGCAUGCUACAAGUUUUCAGAAACUUGUAGCAUGUGAAACUUGUAGAAAAAAUGGUAGUGGACACUGCAGUGGCACUGAUCCAGAUUCCAAAAUGAGGGCAACUAAAUUUGGUAUAACAGAUUAUCUUUGUGUUCAACAUGGUGAAAGUUGCCAUGUUGGUGGAUCUCAGUAGGAAAGGCAUAAAGCAAGCAGCAGGUCAGUAGAAACCCACUGGGGUCAAGUACAGGAUUAUCCUCUCCAUCCUGACAAGUGAGGAUGAAGCAGAUUCUCACCUUACAGUUUGCCUGAUUUUUCCGCUGUAGGCUUCUUGCUGGUUGCUCUGCUUUUCUUGACCCCACAAGAUUCAGUCAGCUAUAACUACUGUAAUGCAAUCGAAUUCACCAUUUUCACUGCUUACAUUGUCAUUAAUGCACUAAUUAGCCAACUGAAAUUGACUGUAGAGUAUCAUUGAACACAAUAUUUGAAUGUUGCCGCAGUACAAUUUUAUCAAAUCACAAACAUGUCCCUACAAGCAUGCAAGUCUUGCAAGCUUGCUGUGUGCUUUAAAAUGGUGAGCAAUGUAAAGGGUCCAGGUAACAGGUGUUUUUUUUAAUGAUUUCCUGGUGUGAAUGUGUGUACAGCUACUUUUAAACAGUUUUUACAUUCUUAAAUGUCUUGUUCUUAAAGUGUCUAUUAAAUGGUUCAGACCAGAAA